GCGCUAGCAGUAGGCAGUUUCAUCAAAAACCUGAGCAAAAACUAGUGCUUGUUAUUUUUCGUUUCAGAAUUUUCACAAGUAAUUAAAGUCGUUGUCAUGAAUUAUGAGUAGGCCUAUUCAAUACAGUAGCCUGAGUAGGCCCUAGCAGGUAUGGGAACUAUGCCACUCUACUGUGCAGUACCGUUGUGCAAUCGUUCUGGUGGGCACAUGUUUCCUAAAGAUGAUGAGCUUUGUAAAAAGUGGGUUGUGGCUAUAAAACGUUUGAAACCUGAUUCAAAACAGUUAUGGCAACCGGGUAAAUAUCAUGUUGUGUGCCACAGGCAUUUCAAGGAAACAGACUACAAACCACCAGGAUUAUUAGGACUAAGGAAACUCUUGCUACCAUCAGCAGUCCCGUCAGUUUUUGACUUUAAACCGACAUCCACACCAGCUGCACAGCGGAGGGACGAACGUGGGCUUAAAAGAAGAAAGCUAUUUUCACCAAUCCCAAACAUAGGUGCACCUUGUCCGAUGGCAUUGGAUUUGAUUCAGAGUAUUCACAAUGGUUUACCACUGCCCCAUGGCAGUGUACAGCAUGAACUAGUGAGAGGUACCUACGACUACUGGCAUUACCUGUGUGACCAGUUAGAUGACAGAGGAUGGGGAUGUGGAUACAGAACGUUACAGACUAUCUGCUCUUGGACAAGUAACCAGCUAAGACUGAGAGAACAGCCAAGUCCUCAUGUUCCCAGCAUCCCGGAAAUACAACAUAUCCUCGUGAAACUGGGGGAUAAAGAGGCAGAAUAUGUUGGCUCAAGAGAAUGGAUAGGCAGUUUUGAAAUCUGCUUAAUCAUAGACCAUGUUUACAGUGUGCCAUGUAAGAUUCUGCAUGUGAGUGGUGGUGUACAGGAGCUAGAAAGCCAUGCCGAACAACUUCUGGAUCAUUUCAUGAAGUAUGGAUCUCCGGUGAUGAUGGGAGGCUCAACCGAUACCUCAUCCAAGGCGAUCCUUGGUGUCGCGAGGUCAGACGAUGGUCUACACCUGUUAGUCCUGGACCCUCAUUUUGUUGGAAAAGGGAGCGCAAAAAAGAUACAAGAGGAAAACUGGAUCAAGUGGCGUCACGUGUCAUCAUUUACAGACACCACCUUCUACAAUAUCUGCUGCCCAUUGUUGAAGGCUAGGUAAUUGCAUCACAUAGAUGAGAUACACAACUAUGUUGGCUUUCUAAUGACUAUCACAUUAUGUUUGUAAACAAUGUGACUGGCGUGAACAAGGAAUGCAUAAUGCAAUCAGUAACAUAGUUUCAGAUUGCCGAAGCACCAACAGUGGUGAUCCUAUAUUAGAAACAGCAAGGGAUCAAGUUUAUGUAAUAUGUUAAAUAGCACCAUUACCGGAUUAAUAAUAGCAAAAGUAGCAUUUGCUACAGCCCCGCGGUUUUAGGGGUCCUGUAAUAUCAUGAACUCCAUAAUAUCUAAUAGUAAAAUUGUUAUUAUAAAAAAAAAUCUUUUAGUAUACAUGUUAACUUAAUACGAUAAUGAGUGUUGGCAGAGUUUGUUUGUCAGUAAAUCUAUUACAAAUGUAUUAGAUUUAGAUUAAGUUAAAUUUAUGUGUUUUAAUAUUUGUGUUUUUUUUAAAUUUAGAGCCCCUUUAUAACAUGUGCUACAGGCCCCUGCACAAGCUUAAUGCAGCCCUGAAUAGCACAUGAUUUAUAUUUACAAAUAAAAGACAAUUGCAAACAAAA